AUGGGGAAAUGCUGCCGUGUCAGCAAACUGUGUAUGCUGUGUACGGUGCUGGCUGUGGCCUCGGUGGCGACCAUUGUCACGAUAUGGACCCUUGCUCUGGUGGGAGACGAGGGCGACAGUACCGCACCAUGGGACAGAUAUCGCCUGUCUUCUGCUCUGAUACCACUCUCCUACAGUGUGACUCUGUGGCCUCAUCUCAGCCCAAAUCCUGAUAAUAUCUACAUCUUUACAGGAGAGUCUACAGUGGAGUUUGAGUGUGUGACAAACACUGACGUCAUCCUGAUUCACUCAAACAAACUGAACUACGUGCUCCAGGAAAAUGAUCUCAUGGUCCGACUCACAGCAGCAGGGGAAGAGCCUGCUCCCAGUAUCAAAUCCACUUGGCUGCAGCCUACAACACAGUAUAUGGUCAUCCAUCUAAAAGAGCAGUUAAAAGCUGGCAACACGUAUCAGCUGUUCAGUGCCUUCAUUGGAGAACUGGCAGAUGACCUUGCUGGAUUUUACAGGAGCGAGUAUGAAGAAGAUGGAGUUAAAAAGGUUGUUGCCACCUCUCAGAUGCACCCCACACAUGCCAGAAAGACUUUCCCUUGUUUUGAUGAGCCUGCUCUCAAGGCCGUAUUCAAUAUCACUCUGAUCCAUCCUCGAGGAACUGUGGCCCUGUCUAAUGGCAAAGAGAUUGAUGUGGUCAACACAACCAUAGAUGGAAUCGCAGUAACGCAGACCAGGUUUGAAUCCACUAAGAAAAUGUCUUCCUAUUUACUGGCAGUUAUCGUCUGUGACUUCACUUUCAUCAGUGCAGAACAGCAAGGCACCAAGAUACGGAUCUGGGCUCGCAGGAAGGCCAUUGAGUCUGGGCAGGGAAACUAUGCUCUCAAUGUCACUGGACCCAUCCUGGACUUUUUCCAGAAUUAUUACAAUAUCCCUUACCCUUUAAGCAAAUCAGAUCAGAUAGCUUUGCCCGAUUUCUACUUUGGUGCCAUGGAAAACUGGGGCUUGGUGACCUACAGGGAGACCAACCUGCUGUACGAUCCUGUGGGCUCCUCCAAUGGAAACAGAGAGACCACUGUCACCAUAAUUGCACAUGAGUUGGCACAUAUGUGGUUUGGGAAUCUGGUCACUCUGAAGUGGUGGAAUGAGGUUUGGCUGAAUGAGGGUUUCGCAUCCUAUGUAUCUUACUUGGGAGCUGACCAUGCUGAACCUGACUGGAACUUGAAAGACAUGAUUAUACUUGAUGACAUCCACCGAGUAUUUGCUGUUGAUGCUUUGACCUCCUCUCACCCUCUGUCCUCCAAAGAAGAGGACAUCCUAAAGCCAGAACAGAUCAGUGAACAGUUUGAUGCCAUCUCCUACAGCAAGGGGGCUUCUGUGCUGAGGAUGUUGUCAGACUUUCUCUCCGAACCAGUUUUUGUCCAAGGGCUAAGUACUUAUCUCACAGCCUUCUCCUAUGACAACACUGUGGGGUCAUAUCUGUGGCAACAUCUGAACAUGGCGGUGAAAAACAAUAGCAUGUCUCUGCCUCAUCAUGUUGGAGAGAUCAUGGACACUUGGACCCUUCAGAUGGGAUUUCCAGUGGUCACCAUAGAUACAGCAACAGGAUAUGUUUCUCAGAAGCACUUCCUGUUGGAUCCUGAGUCGAAUGUCACAGUCAAGUCACCGUACAACUACAAGUGGUUGAUUCCUGUGCGUUGGAUGAAAGAUGGUGUCCUCCAGAGCAAUGUGUGGUGGCUCAGUGAAAAGACUGAGGUGAACUCUGACAUGAGAAGUGGAGGGGAAUGGGUUCUGGCCAAUGUUAAUGUAACCGGGUAUUAUCGUGUGAACUAUGAUUUGGGAAACUGGGAGCGCCUCUUCAUUCAGCUCAAUAAAAACCACCAGCUAAUACCGCUUGAUAACAGAGCCCAGAUAAUAGACGAUGCUUUCAACUUAGCAAGGGCCAAGCUAGUAUCCACCACACUGGCUCUGAGGACCACCCUGUUCCUGUCUGGGGAGACUGAGUUCAUGCCAUGGCAGUCUGCUCUGGACAACAUGCACUAUUACUACCUCAUGUUGGACCGCACUGAAGUCUACCAACCUCUACAGGAUUACAUGAAAAAGCUGGUGACACCCCUCUUUUUACAUUUCAAAAACAUCACAUCGGAGUGGACUGAGGUUCCAGCCAGACACACAGAUCAAUACAACCAGGUGAAUGCCAUCCGUAUGGCCUGUCAGACAGGAGUCACAGAGUGCCAGGACUUAACCUCAUUGUGGUUCAGACAGUGGAUGGACAGCCCUCAGAACAACAUGAUUCAUGCAAACGUGCGUGCAGUGGUGUACUGCAGUGCUAUAGCAGCUGGAGCAGAGGGAGAGUGGGAUUUUGGCUGGUCCCAGUUUAAAAGUGCUGCUGUGGCCAGUGAGGCCAGUAAACUCAUGUCUGCUUUGGCCUGUACAACCAAACCUGAGCUGCUGCAGAGAUAUUUGUCUUUUACGUUAAACUCAACCAUGAUUCGCAAACAGGACGCUUCAGCAGUGAUCGCUGCUGUGGCCAGUAACAGAGAAGGACAAACACUGGCAUGGGACUUUGUUAAAGAGCAAUGGGAAUACAUGUUCACAGAGUAUGGAAUGGGAUCCUUUUCUUUUGCUACAAUAAUCAGUGGUGUCACAGCGAGGUUUUCUACACAGACUGAACUGCAGCAGCUAAAGCAGUUCGUGAAAAAGCACGAGCACUUGGGUUUUGGCUCCGCCUCUUUGGCCGUGGAGCAGGCGCUGGAGAGGACUGAGGCCAACAUCAAGUGGUUACAGCAGAACCAGCAGGAGGUCCUGGACUGGUUCAUUGGACAGACUGGACCGCAUAUGGUGCUGAUGUGAUCUGUUUCUAUAUGCUGACUGAGGCUGGUAAAACAAUUAGCAUUUGUGUAUACUGUUUAGUAGAAACUAUAAACAUUUAUAUUCAG